AUGCCGGGUUUGGUCAGACGGGUUAAUUCAUCGCUCAGUGUUCGCGACAUGGCAGCUGAAGGACUACCUCUGUCGCCAGCAGACAAGAAGAGAAACAAAUUGGGUUAUCAUCGCACUGCGGUGGCAUGCGGACACUGUCGACGUCGUAAAAUCCGUUGUAUACCGGCUUUCGACAACCCGGGUGGUCGAUGUCAGAAUUGUAUCCGUUUGAAAAAAGAUUGCCACUUCUAUCCUGUCGACCAACAGAGUCCAGGCCAAGGGAAAAGGACACGAUCAGCAACGAAAACGACUGAAGGUUACAGCAACGACGCUGAGACGUCCGUCUCUUCGUCCUCACCCGGUGGGAUCCUCAGGAGCAGCUCCUUUGAGCAAAUUGAUCAGGGAGAUCGCUUGUUGGGCACCCCUCCAUUAUCAGACGAUAGUCCGGGCUUUCAGACUGGCUCCAGAUCCCUUUCUGGUCCCGGUUUUGAUUAUCCAUCCACCUAUGACCAAGGACAACACCACCCUCAUCAACAAGCAAUGAUCCCUUCACCAUACGUGGGCCACUCACCUCGAAAUUUUGCUGCCGAUCCAGUCAAUUCUCAAUACUAUCAGCAGUAUGGACACAACGUACCUGGGUCCUAUUCGUCCACAUUUACAACAGGUUCAGUGCCGUCAAAUACGAACACAUUUUCGCCAGACAGCUCGCAUGAAUAUCAGGCAGCGGCCGAAAAUGGGCCAUUCAACUGGCCGCAGCCGCCCACCAGGUCAAUGUCAACAGCAGAAACUGAGGAACUCCAACAUGGCUUCCAUCCAGCUUACAGGACACACACAUACCCGUCGUUUGAGAGGAGAAUAACGGGUGGAAUGCCGCACCUACCGUCGACGACCGCCGGCUUAAUGGUUAUGGGUAUAGAAAAUCAGCAAACCCCGCUGAAUCCCAACUUUUGUGAACCUACCUCAUAUCAGCCCCUGCAAGUUGACAUGCAGCAUGACUGGUCUGGAGGCGGUCCCGAUCAAGGAACAUCAAUGUCCGCUCUUGCAGGAGGCACAUAUUCCCAAAGAUGGUAUUCCCAUUCACCAGGGUUUUCAGGAGCAAGAGGAGAGGGUGAUCAACAUCAUGCAUUUUCCUCUCAAAGCCACCAUGUUAGACGAGCUCCACAUGAACCAGGCUGA